UCCCUGGCUGCAGAGGUGUCAUGGCCAAGUCACACCUGCUGCUGUGGCUGCUGGGGCUGCCCACGCUCUGUGGCCCAGGUGCAGCUGCAGCUGUCUGGACAGCCUCACCCCUGGCCUGUGCCCGGGGCCCCGAGUUCUGGUGCCAAAGCCUGGAGCAAGCUUUGCAGUGCAGAGCCCUCGGGCACUGCCUACAGGAAGUCUGGGGACAUGUGGGAGCCGAUGACCUGUGCCAAGAGUGUGAGGACAUCGUCCGCACUCUCACCAAGAUGACCAAGGAGGCCGUUUUCCAGGACGCGAUGCGCAAGUUCCUGGAGCAGGAGUGCGACAUGCUCCCCCUGAAGCUGCUAGUGCCCCGGUGCCGCGAAGUGCUCAACGUCUACCUGCCCCUGGUCCUCGACUACUUCCAGAGCCAGAUCAGCCCAAAGGCCGUCUGCCAGCACCUGGGCCUAUGCAAACCCGGCCCACCCAAGCCCACGCAGGAGCCAAGGAUGCCAGACCCUCUCCAGGACCCUCUGCUGGACCCUCUCCCGGACCCUCUCCCGGACCCUCUGCCAGACCAGCUGGUCCUCUCCGUGCUGCCUGCAGCCCUACAGGCACGGCCUGGGCCUCACACACGGGGUCUCUCCGAGCAGCAGUUCCCCAUCCCCCUGCCCUUCUGCUGGCUCUGCAGGACGCUCAUCAGGAAGAUCCAAUCCAUGAUUCCCAAGGGAGUGCUGGCCGUGGCCGUGUCGCAGGUGUGCCACGUGGUACCCCUGGUGGUGGGCGGCAUCUGCCAGUGCCUGGCUGAGCGCUACACUGUCCUCCUGCUGGACGCGCUGCUGGGCCGCGUGCUGCCCCAGUUGGUCUGCGGCCUCGUCCUCCGGUGCUCCAGCGAGGAGACCAUUGGUCCAGCCCUCGCCAGUCUGGGGUCCCUGCCAGAAGAAUGGCUGCCACAAGACUCCGAGUGCCAUUUCUGCAUGUCUGUGACCGCCCAGGCCUGGAACAGCAGCCAGCAGGCCGUGCCACAGGCCAUGCACGAGGCCUGCCUCAGCUUCUGGCCGGACAGGCAAAAGUGUGAGCAAUUCAUGAAGCAGCACACAGACCAGCUGCUGAGCCUGGCGUCCAAGAGCUGGGAUGCCCGCUCCACCUGCCAGGCCCUGGGGGCGUGUGCGGCGGCGCCCAGCCCUCUCCAGUGCAUCCAAAGCCCCAACUUUGGAUAAGAACUCAGCCGCCCAGACCGCUGACCUCCGGGACUGGAGUCACACCAAGGCCAACAUUUCCAGAACUCAGGAGAAAUCGUGUGUUGCCGCCCGAAGUUGUGUCCCCUCAUAUGCCAGGAACCGUCAUCUGACCCUGCCCUCCCAAGACACGUCUCUCCCCAGCUGUCAUUUUCUAGGUAGGAGGUAGCGCUUUAGGAUGGAGAACUGUGAGACACAGUCUCUGCGACCAGGACCAGGGGCAGGGGAUGACCCUGAGAGGGAAGGGCAAGCAGCAGUGGGCUCGAAGUCACCCUGAGAGCAAGUGAGGUCCACAUGACAGCUGCUCCCAGCCAGCCCCUCCCAUCAUGCCAUCCAUUCAUUUGUUCACACUUUAUUACGAUUUUUAAAUUCCGUGAGUUCCGGGCCACCUUCUAGGAGCACAGGCCACUGCUGAGGAUAAACAGUGAGACCCCUGCCCUCCUGGGGCUCACACCCAGGCUCACCCCUUCCACCUGAAGGGGAGGGAGUCCAGCCUGCUCUCCUGCAGCUCCAGAAGCUCCGCUGAAGCCUGGUGAGGGACAUAGUCCUUUUCCCACCUUGCAGGGCUCCCAGUCCCCCCUGUUAAAACAGGAUGAGCAGUGGGUGGGCUCGGAAGGCCUGGGCUCCAGUCCCAGCUCUGCCAUCAGAUGACUGGGCUUCAGGCAAGAUGGCCCCUCUCUGGUCCUCACUGUCCUGAGCUACAAAGGGAGAGCCAAGUGGGAAAGGCUCUGGGCCCUCCCAAGCUCCCCCGAUCCUGACAGGCUCCUCUUUAGCUUCCCGCCCCUCCAGCUGCCCACCCUGAAAGGCCGUUGCUCCCACGCUCGCCCUCCUCCCUCUCGUCCUCAACAGGACCUCACACGGACCCGCAAGCCCCAGCGUGUGCCCCAGCCUUUUCUGUCCCAGCUCCAACCAUGGCCUGACACCAGAGCCAUUCCUGUCCUCGAGGGUGGGAGACACAGCAAGGGCACGGUCCCUGCAGAGGGGCUCGGGCCCUCACACUGCCAGCCACCCCAGUUCUGAGAGUAAAUCCACUCAGCCCAAGAGGAUGGCAGGGUGGAAGCUGGGCCCUGCCUCACACCGACCCCAGGGCCUCAAGAGUCUGACUUUUAAUUAUUUGCUAACAUUUCCAUGAAAUUCAAAGUUCAGAAUAAACCUUGGGAACAUAAGGUACUCUAGACAGAUAAAAUCCUUAAGCUUUUUCCCCAAAUCAGGAACUCUUGACCUGGUCGAGGGCGGACACUGCGUGCAUGACGGGGAGGUGUCCGGGCAAUCCUGCACUGAACCCCGCUGUUGCUGGGCGCUGCUGCUUUGUGAAGGCAGAGAAAGGGCUUUCUUCUAAGGUUUAGUAAGGCGAACUCCCAGCUUCUGUUUGUAAUGCCGAGGGUGACUCUUCUUUUGCCACGACGUGCCGUUCCAAGCUCGGGUGGGCUAUGCAGUUCCCACGUAAC